AAAAAUCGUGUUUUCCUAAUCGCUAAGCUUGUUCACCACUUAGAAGUAUGGAUUCACCAGCGGGCAGACCAGCUGCUAUGCAUCUCAGACUGCUGAAGAUCUUGCUACUGCUGUCUUUUGCGUCUGCACACCGUAACCGGAUCAUUGGAGGGGAGGAAUGCAGUUCGGACAUGCAUCCUUGGCUUGCACUGAUGUUUGACAGAGCUGGGCCCUAUUGCUCUGCAAUUGUACUCAACCAGGAUUGGGUGAUCACAGCCGCUCACUGCUACAAAAGUGAGAAGAUUGAGACAAGGUUUGGAGUACAUGAUAUAGGGGUGUCCACAGGCCAUGAGCAGAUCAGAGACAACGAGAAUUGCUGUUUCCACACUAGAGGCCAACCAGCUUUACCUGCCGACAUCAUGCUAAUCCAACUGAACAGCUCCAUUGACUUCAACGAGUAUGUGGGCCCCCUUGCCCUGCCUACCAGCUGUGCUUCUGUGGGGACAAAGUGCGAAGUAAUGGGCUGGGGUUCCAACACUGCCCCACAAGAGACUUAUCCUGAUGUUCCUUACUGUGCAUGUGUUAAAAUAACCUCGGAUGAGAAAUGUCAGGCUGCUUAUCCAGGGAGCGUGAAUGAGAACAUGGUGUGUGCCGGGGACGAGGAAGAAAGCAAAGGCGCCUGCAAGGGUGACUCUGGGGGACCCCUUAUCUGUAAUGGAAAACUCCAGGGCAUUGUAUCUUUUGGUAAUGACCCUUGUACGGAUCCGUCACACCCUGGUGUCUACACCAACAUCUGCAAAUUUCUCGACUGGAUCGAGACUGUUCUUGCAGGAGAUCAAGAUGAGUGCUUUCCCUGUCAGGAACCCUGACAGAAACCUCUUGAGUUGUGUUGCACGGAAAUCGCCCCCCUGCAAAUGCCUCUUUUCAGCUCUGUCCUUUCACCAAUAGUAUUGAUGUGAAUUCGGUUCGUCCCUGGGUCUGCCUUUUAGUCAAUCAAACAGACUCAGUGGGAAUCAUUUAGAGGCUUUUAUUGCUACUGCAGUUUUACCAAUAGGUAAUCACUGAGCUUACGCUCUCAAACGGAUUACAGUUGGUUAUAGGUGCAUCUUACAUUUAUACAAACAAUCUGAAUGAUGCUGACACCCUAGACACAGUAUACGUGACAAUAAAAUGGUGGUCUAAGUAUCUAGUACGCAUGCAAAUGAUUCAUUGUUCAUCUGGUGAUUACUCCUUAUUUGGUUAAAUCCUGAUUUCUUAAUUGUCAGCAAAGAACAGUGAGAACCUUGUGAGAACCAAGCUUCAUAGAUAGAAUUUAGUGGAGAGAGAUAAUGAUGUUGAUCAUGAGAGGCAGUGAUGUCCCUGAGCUGGGCUGGGGUUACUUUAAGUUAGAAUGAGGUUUUCUGGGCAAACAUGGAGUUUCUUUGGUUUUCUAAACACAUCAAUUCCCCCCUGAAAAACUGGAUCAUCCUGAACCUUUGGGUUAUAUCGGUUUGUAAAGGUACAGCUGUAUGUAUGGGUCUUACAUUAUGGCGAGGUUUAAAGGUUCUCAUAAACAUUUGGAUUAAAGCUGGAAUGCAUUAUAAGCAGCAACAUGUGAUUAUCAAUAUAAAGAAAAUACAUGCUAUAACUAGAAUUCUCUUCUUUGUCCAUAAAUCAAUAGGCUCUCCAUAUUAGUUAAAUGAAAGUUCUAACUGUUUGGAAAUAUUAAUAAUAGCUCU